AUGCCGUCGAAUUUGCCAUACGCUGCAGAUGCAGAGAGUCCUCUCAAACCAGCAGAGUUACAAGUCCUACGCGCGCAGUAUGAGAAAGAAGGCGACUACGUUUCCGUCCAGACGAAAUUCAACUAUGCUUGGGGACUGAUCAAAUCAAACCAAAGGAGUGAUCAGCAACUCGGCGUUCAACUCCUCUCCGACAUUUUCAAGACAACGCCUGAGCGCAGGCGCGAAUGUUUAUACUACCUUGCCCUCGGCAACUACAAGCUGGGCAACUAUGCAGAGGCAAGACGGUACAACGAUCUAUUACUGGAGAAAGAGCCUGGAAAUCUGCAGGCUGCGAGUCUGAGGCAGUUAAUUGAUGACAAGGUGUCGAGGGAAGGGUUGAUGGGCGUUGCAAUCAUUGGCGGCGUCGCUGUGGUUGCUGGGAUAGUCGGUGGGAUGAUCAUGAAAGGAUCGAGGAGGAGAUAA